CCCUGGCGUGUCGGUGGGCCGAACGGAGCCGACAACUGGGCCAAGGAGCUGCGGCAGCGUGCAUGGAAAAACUGGCCCACGCCUGGAGGCCGACCGCAGCAGCAAGUUUCGGCGGGCGCGUCCCUCAGUCCUAAGGGGAUCCAGACUUGGGCAGCGCUCCCCGCAGGCACCUACGAGAAGACCAAGGUAGCGCUCUCCAUCUCCUCUCGCCGGAAAGUUGACAGCGCUCGGCGCGCUGCUGCUGCUGGUGUACUCGGGGCUGCAGGGCGAGAAGCUCCUCAGGCGGUGGACAAGGCCGCGAGGGCGGUGCAGACGGCGAAGGACAAGCUCGCCUCGAACAAAGACAAUGCGCUUAAGCUCCUGGCGACCAUCGCGGAGCAGGAGGCCGACAUGGCUAGGUUGGAGGAAGAACUGGCGAACGCAAAGCAGGAGGCCGCCAAGCUCUACGGUGCCAAGCAGCGGGACCAGGGCAUUGACGGCAAGAAGCUGCGCGACUUCCUCGGCACGCUGGAGGUCGACGGUUUGUCCCCUGGCGGAGUCGCGCAGGCCCUGCCCACGGCCAUCGCCAAUCUCGAGGACACGGCGCAGGUGGCCUUCCCGCCCAGACGCAUUCGAGCCCCGAGGGCGGCGCGCUACCUGCCACGGCAGCGCGAGACCAACAGGGGCGACAUCUCCAAGGGCCGCGAGCACAUCACGAGCACCCUCGCCGCCAUCAGCAAGCUGAUCGACUCGCCCGACGCCGGCGCGCUGCAGGUCAUCAGCUCCCACGCCAAUGCCGAGGCGGACGCUCCGAUCGAGAGCGAGAUGGGCGAGGGCUCGGAGGAAGGGCCCACCGCGCCUGCAGGCGGCAGCAGCAGCAGCGGGGCGGCGCUCCCCGAGGGCAGCCAGCGGAGCGCGCCCACCCCGCAGCCCAUCCCGCAGCUCUCCGAGCCCGAGAGGGUGCCAAGGGCGAGGCCCGCCGUCUGCGGGCGCCUCCGUGGCGGCGAACGGGCCACCAGCUGCAAGGCGGAGCUGGUGCGGAUCGGGUGGGCUGCGCGCCUUGCCGCGGGAGGUGCAACCCUCACGCCCAGCGGCGUCAAGGAGUGGUCCGAGCUUCCCGCUGACAUCUACGAGAAAACGAAGAAUGCCUUGUCCCAUUCGUCAAGGCAGAAGGUUGAGUACGCCAGGCGGGCUGCUGCUUCUGGGCUGCUUGGCGCUGCUGGUCGUGAAGCUCCUCAAGCGGUCGACAAAGCCGCCAGGGCCCUCCAGAAUGCGAAGGGCCGCUUGGCAAGCAAUAAGGACAAGGCUCUCAGGAUGCUGGAGGCGGUUGCUACCUCGGAGGCUGAAGUGGCUAAGCUGGAGAAGGAGUUCGAGGCGGCGAAGAUGGACGCGGCGAAGCUGCACGGUGCAUGCACACCCGCAGCUGGCGCGUUCACGGCGCAGCAGCUCAAGGCCAAGCUCGGAGAGAUCCCCACGGAGGGCAUCACGCUCGCGGAGUUCCUCAAGUCCCUCCAAGCAGCGGUCGAUGAGCUUGACAGCGCCAGCAGCAAAGUCGAGAAGGACCUGGGUGCCAGCACCAAGCUCUUGGUCAAGGAGCUCAGCAAGGUGAAGCUCAAGGAGCCGCCGACGGCAGGCGACUGGGGCGCUGUGGCCCAGCCUGCUGCGCCGCCGCCCAGCGGCUCUGGCUCGCUCGACGCGGACGGAGGCGGCCACGACCUUCGCACGUACUUCGGGUACCGCGUCUGCCUGAGGUGCUUCCAACACGCGAAGGAGGUGCAGGGCAAGCACAGUGGCCUCGGCAUGGCCUGCGCCCCAGCGCUCAAGCCCAGCGCCCAGGCGGCCAACAGGGCUGCCGCGCGGCCCGCGGCGCAGAAACUGAACGGAGACGGCAGGAUUGAG